AUGCCGCCGCCGCCGAUCAGCCUCCUUCCCCGCGCCCUUCUCCGCACUUUCGCGGCGCGGACGUCGCCGUCCGCAUCGCCGGCAAGAACAGCAACCGCAACCGUCCAGUCAUGCCGCAGCUUUUCCGCUUCCGCUCGCACUGCUCGCAGUGGCGCUUCCAAGGAUGACACGAGUAGUACUACAGCGGCGCCGCCGCCGCCGCCCGCCGCGGACAAAGCGAGCACGGCGACGGCGUACCUGGGGACGCAGAAGCGGCUGCCCGAGUUCAGUUUGAGGGACAGGGUGGUGUUGGUGUCGGGCGGGGCGCGGGGGCUGGGGUUGACGCAGGCGGAGGCGUUGUUGGAGGCGGGUGCGACUGUCUACGCCCUCGACCGCCUCCCCACCCCUUCGCCCGCCUUCGCCCCCAUCCAAGACCGCGCCCGCACCCAGCUCGGCACCAGCCUGCACUACCGCCAGAUCGACGUGCGCGACGCCACCGCCCUGACCGACAUCGUCGCCCGGAUCGGCGACGAGCACGGCCGGCUGGACGGCCUCGUCGCCGCGGCGGGCAUCCAGCAGGAGACGCCCGCGCUCGAGUACACGGCCGAGGACUGCAACCGCAUGCUCGAGGUCAACGUGACGGGCGCCUUCAUGACCGCCCAGGCCGCCGCCAAGCAGAUGAUCAGGUUCGGCAACGGCGGGAGCAUCGUCAUGAUCGCCAGCAUGAGCGGGACGGUUGCGAAUAGGGGCCUCAUCUGCCCGGCCUACAACGCCAGCAAGGCCGGCGUCAUCCAGCUCGCGCGCAACCUGGCCUCGGAGUGGGGCGCGCACGGCAUCCGCGUCAACACGAUAUCGCCCGGCUACAUCGUCACCGCCAUGGUCGAGGAGCUCUUCCGGCAGUUCCCCGAGCGCCGCGCCGACUGGCCCACGCAGAACAUGCUCGGCCGCCUCAGCGCGCCGGAAGAGUACCGCGGCGCCGCCGUCUUCCUCGUCAGCGACGCCAGCAGCUUCAUGACGGGGGCGGACCUGAGGAUGGACGGCGGGCAUGCGGCGUGGUAG